AUGGAAGAAGACGAAGAAGAAGAAGACGACGAAGACGACGACGACGAGUUCGAUGAAGAGAUGACCAUCUACCUCAAGUCAAACGUCGAGCAGGAGGAAAUUCGGGAAGAGAUUGCUGAUUUGGAAAGAAACGUUCCGUCACUCCUUCCAGAUUACCGAAUUGUGGAUCGACUGGGCACAGGCACGUUUUCUUCUGUCUACAAAGCCCUCGAUGUCGGCUACCACACCAAGUGGGAUAACACUGCUUGGCAUGGUCAUCACCCCUCCACCUCUUCCGCUCAUUAUCAGUCCGCUAUCCGACCAUCUGGCAGUAAAGUAUUUGUUGCCAUCAAAAGGAUCUAUGUCACAAGCAAUCCUGAACGGAUCAGAAAUGAGAUCAUGAUCAUGGAAGACUGUCGAGGAUGUAGACACGUCUCACAAUUAAUAACAGCCUUUCGAGAAGAGGAUCAGAUUGUCGCUAUCAUGCCAUACCACCGCAAUGGAGACUUUCGAGAAAUGUAUCGACUUUUAUCUCUCGAAGGCGUGAAGACAUAUUUCCGAUGCAUGUUUAGAGCCUUGCGCGACAUACAUGCGCGAGGUAUCAUUCACCGAGAUGUCAAGCCUGCCAACUUCCUCUUUGACCCAUAUACGGGUACAGGCACCUUGUGUGAUUUUGGCCUUGCAUGUCGCUUGGAACGAGGACCCAAUGCGGGUGCUUGCCUCCAUACUCCGUACCAGAGAGGUCACCCGCAUGGUCGAAUACGAAAGCAUGAUGAAUACGACACCACUCACAUAAAGAAAAUGCAAAAAGACGCGCGCGCAAAAUGCCACCGACCUUCAGACCGUGUCGGGUACCUAGACAACGAUCCACGACCUCACUCAAAAGCCAAUCGAGCGGGAACAAGGGGAUUCCGGGCCCCCGAAGUUCUACUCAAAUGUGGUGACCAGACUGGGGCCAUCGACGUGUGGUCUGCCGGGAUGAUUCUUCUUUUCUUUUUGAUAAAGAAAUUCCCUCUGUUCCAGUCAGGAGAUGAUGUAGAAGCUCUUGUGGAGAUCGCGAGUAUCAUCGGAAAGCGGAGAAUGGAGAAGAUUGCUACGCUACACAGUCGAACGUUUGCCACCAACAUCCCUUCCAUC